AUUAGCUGUCGAUCUCACACGUGUGUUUUUUGGUAUAUAUGUGAGUCGUACAUACACACAAAGUAUUAACUCACCGUUUUUCACCACCGAAAAAUCGUUCCAUAUACGGUGUAUUUUAUUGCGGCUGAGUUCCUUAUCUCCACCGCCACUCCACCGCCGAUCACAUCGGAAAACAUGUGUCCGACGAAGCAGAAGCAAAACUUCCCCAACCACCUCUCGCCUAUCGCGGCUCGCAGCGACUGGAGGCAGGAAGCGAUCAACGGAGGAUCGUUGAAGCGCGUGGACUUGAACAGCGGCUCCAACGGCUGGGCGUCCCCUCCCGGAGACCUUUUUCUCCUCCGCGGAUCGAACUAUUUCACGAAAAAGACGAAGAUUCCAUCCGGCGAUUGGCUAAUGGAGCCGGCUGGGGUCGACUGGCUCCGAUCUAGCUCGAAGCUCGACCACAUCCUGUCUCGGCCGGACAACCGCGUGAUGGAGGCGCUGAGGGAAGCACAGUCACGCGGUAAGUCUCUCAAGACCUUCUUACUCGCCGUGAACCUCCAGGUCCCGGGGAGGGAGCACCACAGCGCUGUCUUCUACUUCUCCACGCGCGACGACGCGCCGCUCGAUCCCGGAUCCCUUCUCUACAAGUUUGUCAACGGCGACGACGCCUACCGGAACAGCCGGUUCAAGAUCGUGAACCGGAUCGUGAAGGGGCCGUGGAUCGUGAAAGCCGCCGUCGGGAACUACUCCGCCUGCAUCCUCGGAAAAGCCCUAAAUUGCCACUACCACAGAGGGCCGAAUUACUUGGAGAUCGACGUCGACAUCAGUAGCUCGGCCAUAGCCAACGCGAUUCUCCACAUAGCCUUGGGCUGCGUCAGAUCUGUAACUAUUGAUAUGGGCUUUCUGGUGGAAUCGCAAUCGGAAGAUGAGCUGCCGGAAAAGCUAUUCGGGGCCGUCAGGAUAUGUCAGAUGGAGAUGAGCUCCGCCGCGUACGUCGAUACGACGUCGUCUGCUAAGGUGUUGCCCACCCCCCAUUUCCAGAACAUUAGGCGCGUGCAGGCCGAAGAUGACGGCGAAAUCGAGACGAAUAAUUGUGGGUAAAGUGCUGUGAUUUUUUUUACUUUCACUGUCCCUGUAACUUUUACUUUCACCGUCUCUGGACUGAAGAGUAACCAUGGUUAAGAUUAUUACCAAAUCUCACCACGCAAUGGUUUGCCGAAUUGCCGGUUGGUCAUAGCUCAUUAGAGCAUCCACAAUGGCAACAUCUCUCCUUAGAUGCUCAAGUGUGGGCUCCACUAUAAAGAUGUUAUUCUAGCACCUCUCUUAACAUCUUAUUCUUUCAAUGGUAGCAUCUCAUUUAGAUGCCUAAAUAUCUAUUCAAUUAAUAUAGUAGGUCUACUAAA